CGGGAGGCAAAAAUCGACUAACAUCCACUCGAUAAUCAGACAAACUGUCCUUUUUUCUUCUAAUUGUGUUUUGUAUUUCGUUAUAUAUUUCACUACAAAAUCUAUACCAUUGAAAGGCGAAUGGUCUUGUUUCCAUCUUCAGUCUCAGCAUCAACUUUCUUGUAGGUUGUUAAACCCUACAGUACCAUAGUUCUACAGAGGCUCAAAAACACCAACAUUCGUCACUCACUUUGGACAACCCAAACAACACACAUCUAAACAAAAUGUCGAAGCGAAAACUACACUCUCUCCCACUGAGUGUCUUAGCACUCCUAGGGGUCGCCUUAGCCGGCGUCUCAGCUUCAGCGUCAGCAUCACCACCAGCCGGCGAGAAGCCAUCCUCACCCUCAUCAUCAGCAACAUCAGACGAAGUGGAACUCAUCUGCCACACCUCCGACCCAGCAGACUGUUACCCCAAAAUCUUCCAACCCACACACGAGUUCCAGAUUGUCCACCCAGACCAAGAUCUUCCCACGGGUCUUCACGUUCGUCUGAACAUCUACACCGGCCAAAAAGAAGCCAAGAUUAAUGUCCCCGACGAAGCUGUCGACCCGUCCCUUGAGGGUCUCCCAGUCGACAACUCCAUUGUGAUCGUCGACCCAGAAGAUUCCUCGGGAUCAGAAAAACAGCAAAGUCAGGGGCAGCCCCUCAAACCGCCCAAAAAUGCCCCCGCCUACGACCCACACGGCAAGAUCAAGGAGCCCAAUAUGGAAACCGCCGAGGCCCAAGAUGAAAGCUCAGCCUUCUACAAGUCCCUAGCCAUCCUCAAGAAGGGUCUGGACAUCGACCAAGCACUCGAUAUGCUUGAGGAGAUUUCCCACGAUAUUUACUACGGGCUUAAGAUCGCCGAGGACUAUGAUACCGUCCGCGAGCUAUUCUGUCUGGCUAACUCGCCAUCCAUCAUCUCUUCUUCUUCAUCAUCAUCAUCCUCCACCUCCCCUUCAUCUGGUUCCACGUCCUCUUCUUCACCAGAGACAACAGAGACAGGAGGACCCUCAGAAAAAGACCUCACCCGGUCCCGCCUAGCAGCUUCAAUCAUUUCAUCUACCGUGCAAAACAACCCCAAAGCUCUGGCGGAAAUCACCAAGCACUGGCCCACGCUUCAACAAGACCACUGCACCAAGUCCAAAUCCUCCAAGGACUCUGGCUCGGAACUUGAACCCCUUCAAAUCUCCGCCUUCCGCCUUCUGCCAUCUCUCCCCUCGUCCGGCUCCCCGUCCGACUCGGAACCCAUUCCCUCAAUCCCUCCCUCCCUAACCAAAGCCCGCAUCUCCGCCAUCUCCGGCCUUUUGAAAUCCCCUUUAAUUCGACAAUCUUUUCUCGCUGCUGGCGGUAUGGACCACCUCCUCCAGGUCCUUCUUUCCGACGCAUCCCAGUCUCAGGGUCAGGGCGCCGCCGAGGAAUGGGAAAACCUCCGUCGUCAAGCCGGCCACUUGAUCCUCGACAACUUUUUAGACGCAGACAUGGGAGCCGUUUUGGGCGAGUGGCCUGGUGCUACUGGGGACGUGCAGGCUAGUGAUAAGGAGUGUGCUAGCCGUGCUGCCAGCCGUGGUGAUGGGGAGAAGGAGGAGGGUCAGGCUGACUGUUGGGAUUGGCACGCCAAGCAGCUUGCGGAUAGGUACAAGAAGGAAGGAAAGGGAGGAGAGGGGCAUUGGAGCUGGGAGUUGUGGAAUAAGUUGAAGGAGCAGAGGAAGAAUGCUUCCAGUAACAAGAAGGAUGAGUUGUGAUGGGAGCCUGGUUGUGGUUUGCAUCAUGGCUGGAGUUAUAUUUUAGUCUCAUUAAAGGGCAUCAUGUAGAAAAAGAGUUCAUACUUGCAUGUUUUGGAGAUACGAUAACACGUCAAUCAACUUGAAGCGACGUAGUCCAAGCAUUGAAGAUCGCUAUCUUACCUCUAAUGUACACAUGCUUCAUUACGAGCACGAAAACGACCUUUCAAAUCGGGACAAGCCGCGCUCAUAUAUUAAUGUAUCAAAUCUAACGUGAUCAAAUUUCUCUUUUCCUGUUUGUACUGAUGAAAGCAAUGAAAUGGGCUACGAGUGAUAUAGGCGCUUUUACUUCCAAGGUCCGACCAAUCGCUGGCCGAACGCAAGCCUUGCGAUGAAUUCCCAGCCAGCAUGCAAAUAGACUUCAUGCGGAAAGGUCGACGACAAAACGCGAUCGUACCCCCAUCUGUCCUUGCUAAACUGACCCUGACGAACUUUAUCCGCCCUACUUUCGUCUCUGGACAUCAAAGCCCGCCAUCCUUGCGACUUUUAUUCCCUGAACCAACAUUGGGGAGAGG